AUGGGCUUGGGCCGCUGCUUCAGAUCCAACAGCAACUUCAAGAUGGUCUCCUGGUCGGUGCUAAUGAGGAUACAAGCAACACUGCAGAAGGAGAUGGUGCGGGAGUUCCUGGCUGAGUUCAUGAGCACGUAUGUCAUGAUGGUAUUUGGCCUUGGUUCUAUAGCCCAUAUGGUUCUAGGAGGGAAAAAAUUUGGGAGCUACUUGAGUGUCAACUUGGCUUUUGGCUUUGGAGUCACCAUAGGAAUGCAUGUGGCAGGCAACAUCUCUGGGGCCCAUAUGAAUGCAGCUGUGACCUUCACCACCUGCGCUUUAGGUCGCAUGCCUUGGAGGAAGUUUCCUGUGUAUGUUCUGGGUCAGUUUCUGGGCUCCUUCAUGGCUGCUGUCACCAUCUACAGCCUCUUCUAUACGGCCAUUAUCCACUUCUCCGGCAACCUUCUGACAGUGACUGGUCCCACGGCCACUGCUGGCAUUUUUGCCACUUACCUUCCUGAACACAUGAUAUUGUGGAGGGGCUUCCUGGAUGAGAUGUUUAUCACAGGAAUGCUCCAGCUGUGUCUCUUUGCCAUCACGGACAAGGACAACAAUCCAGCACUUCGAGGGACAGAGGCUCUGGUGGUCGGCCUCCUCAUUGUCAUCAUCGGAGCGUCCCUAGGCAUGAACUCAGGAUAUGCUAUGAACCCAUCCCGGGACCUGCCUCCUCGCUUCUUCACUUUCAUUGCUGGCUGGGGCAAACAGGUGUUCAGGUACUGCCCUUGCCAAGCCCCAUUCCUGUGA